GUCUGAGAGACGGUGGAGGCUGCUGCAAAAAUGCUAACAGGCUAACUAGCUCGUUAGCUCACAGUUGAAUAAUCAGCGGCUGAUUAAUAUUUAAAAUAAUUCUCCUCGUUAAACAUUAAAGUUGUCGCCGGAGUUUGGUCUGUUUCCCGCGGUCACCGCCCCGCAGUGUGUCGGAGUUAGCCAGUUAGCAUGGCAGCAGCUAACUACCGAGGCUAACGGCAGGUGAUUAGCUUAGCACGCUAACCGAAGCAAAUUUAAAUAUUAUCCGGAUAAUAGUGACUGAAGGUCCGCGGGCUCAGCGGAGUGUAGCCCGUUAGCAGGGAGAUACCUGCUGGGUGUGACCCGGGAUGCAUGUGAGUUAACGGGCGGACUGGGCCGGUGUGACCCGGGUCUGAGCUUCUCUGGACGGAACCCGUGUGUCGAGUCGAGCCGAGGGGUUCCCCCCCAGCAGCAGCCCGGUCCUCCGGGGCCGGGGGACGGCAGAGCUCCACACCGCCUGUCAGGCCCCGAGUCUGGGAUGAGAUGAGCUGCAGCGGACCGGAGGGCCCGUUAACCCGUGUUAAACAGGAUGGACCUCUGCAGUAGGAACCCGAACCGCACGGCGCCGGUCGGUGAUGACGGCCUGCAGGGAGGUGAUGUGCCGCUCUGCUCCCGGACCAAUGGGUGGAGCUGGCCCCCCCACCCCUUCCAGCUGCUGGCCUGGCUGCUUUACGUCUACUUUGCCGUCACCGGCUUCGGCGUGUUCGUCCCUCUGCUGCCCACCCACUGGAUCCCUGCAGGCUACAUCUGUACGGGCGUCAUGUUCGUGUGUCACCUGUGUGUCCAUGUGAUGGCCGUGUCCAUCGACCCGGCCGACUACAACGUCAGGACGAAGAGCGAUAAAGGUCCUGUCCCCGUGUUCGACCGCUCCAAACACGCCCACGUCAUCGAGAACUGUCACUGCUACCUCUGUCAGGUGGAUGUGGGUCCCAAGUCGAAGCAUUGCAGCGCCUGUAACAAAUGUGUGUCUAACUUCGACCAUCACUGUCGCUGGCUCAACAACUGUGUGGGGAGCAGAAACUACAAGUUGUUCCUUCACAGCGUGGUCUCGGCUCUUCUCGGGGUCUGUCUGGUUCUGGUUGUUGCCUCCUACGUCUUCAUCGAGUUCUUUCUGGACCCGUCCAAACUCCGCACUGACAAACACUUCCUGGUGAGGAAUGAGACAGGUGUGUGGUUCGUCUUCCUGCCGGUGGCUCCUCUCAGGUCAGCGGCAGCAGUAAUUCCUGCUCUGGCUGCCGUCACCAUCGCUCUGGGUCUGCUGUCAUCUGUGCUGCUUUGUCACCUGCUCUGCUUCCACAUCUACCUGAUGUGGAACAGACUCAGUACGUAUGAAUACAUCGUGCGGCAGCGUCACCGCCAGGACAACAGAGACUCGAGGAAACCAGGACCAGUGAAGGAGACAGCGACGGCGGCUCCGUCUGUUCACCUUAUCAAGGACGUGAACUAUCCAGGCAGUCUGGGUUACACCAACCCACAGCUGGACGUAGAGGAAGCUACCACUGUGGCAGUGCGGGGGGAGUCAGACCAGAGGGUUCCUGGUGUGAAACCCCGGGGUGGGGAGCCCAUCUCUGUCAGCGUGGGUUUCCUCCAGAAAAAGAAGAAGGUUCGUAAAGUUCCAGCAGAGGUCACUAGAGAGCGCUGCCCGAGUACAGCUCCGCCCCCUGCAGAGCCUGGCGGUGUGUCCACUGUGUCCCUGGGUCAGCGCCUUCCCUUCCCAGCGUUCCCUCUGAGGGCCUCCCUGCCCCCCCUGGCCCCCACCACGGGCCCCGUCCAGGCCGCCGCCCCUCCUGCUGAAUAUCACUCGGACUCUGCCGAGUCUCUGGAGGAGAUCCCGGUGGCGUUGGCCAAACUGGGCUCUUCGUCCUCUGCUGCCACUGGAGAUGCCUCCACGUCCUCGCACAGAGUCGUCCCAGCGUUCCCCCUCCCCUCCCCCCAGCCCAGGACUAAGAGGAAGGCCGCCUCCUCCCGCCCCAAUAAGAACGCUGCGGAGCUGAGGUUUGAGAUGGCCUCCACCCAGCCCCCAAUGGUGUUUGUCAGCCGGGCCAGCGGAGAGGCCGCUGAGCCCCGAGAGGAUGGACUCAGCGUGGGCAGGAGGCCACCCAGCUCCAGGCCGGUGUCUCGGGCGUCUCUGGGCUCAGGUGUGGGCUCCUGGAUAGAGCUGUGAUCUGGAACAGUCUGAUCACCUGCGCUCUGUGACGCCUCGCACAACGAUCUGACAGAUGGGUUUUAUAUCAGACACUAUUUAUUGUUUUUAAUCAUGAACGCCAAAGGUGACUUCCUAUCUGUGCACAAUCUUUAUAACUGAAGGAACCUUCACUUUGUACGCCCCCCCUCACCACCCUGACACGCCAUCUCUUCCUGUUGUUUUACUGUUUGCUGACUGGUCUCCAUGGUAACCCGGAGCCAGAGGGGCGGAGUGGUGUCUCCACCUUAUUCUUGAGAGUACAGGUGAUUAUGGGUGUAUCCUCAGGUGAGACAGGAAGCUCGUUAGUCCUGCUGACUGUCUGUGGUGAGUCCCAGCUGGUCAUCACAGUGGCUAACAGCUAACAGCUAACUGGAAAUUAUCUUUUCUUCAGUUUAAUUGGUUUGUUUCAGAUAUUUAAUUAAUGUUAAAUUAGCACGUUUUGUUUAUUUUGUUGCGGGAAGAAGGAUCAGAGUACUGUUAGCCAAACUGGAAAACACUGGUCCCAUUUCUGCGCCAGAGGUCACGCCUAUAAUUCACACAAGGUAUCAUGAAGGCUCAGAACAACGUGGAUACAGAACUGAAGUCCUGACAUCACUUCCUGUUUAUUUCUGCAGCUACAACCCAAACAUGCUGCUAAAAUAGUCGUACAUAUGCUGCGGAUUUAACGCCCUCAAAUUCAUUGUUUUCGGUGUUGAUUCCAGAGCGGCUGUUUUUCAGGGUGUGACGGCUCUGAGAUAAACAGAGUUCAGCUUUUAGAACGCAGCAGCUAAUGUCAUGUGACGAGGACCAACCAAUCACAGCCCAUGGAGGAGAAGUUGAUCAUGUUAGUGCAGAGCUGUCAGAGCGUCACAUCUGUCCCCCAGACAGACAGGAAGUAGAUCAGCUCUGACCUCAGGACUUCCUGUCAGUACGCUGUGACACGGCACUGGUUAUGGUUGCUUAGCAAAUUCAGAUGCAACCUGCCGCUGCGUCCUUGAGUUGGCACAGAGUAGCGCCCAGCACCCGACCUCGCGUUUCUCAGGUGGUUAAUGACGCAGCAUGUGUACGGCCCCUGAUGCUAAUGCUAACUCCCAGCAUGCAUUCUGACACAUGAUGGCUGACAGCCAUGGAGCUCUGACGGAUGAUCACAUGGCUGAUCACAUGAACUCUCACAGUUUCAUCUUUGUUUACAUGAAGAUAUUUUAUUUCACAAAUCUUGUUUACAGCACUUUUAUUUGAUGUCACUUUUCAGCCAAUCACACGCCUCCAGCUUGUUGUUGUUGUUGUUGUUGUUGUGUAGCGCCGCCGCACUGUUGAGCUGCGAACUGCAGCCCAGGAUUUAAAGGUCAACAUUUAGUCUCCUCCUCCUCUUGAGAGUUCACUCUCUCAGGAAGCUACAGUCAGCAGCUGCUUAGCUUAGCUUAGCUUAGCAUAAAGAUUGGAAACAAAGGGAAACCGUUAGCUUGCACCUGGCCAACAAACAGUCUGACACGUGACCCAGUGAGAUGUUGGUACACUUCAGGAAACACGAUCAGCUGUAGAGCAGCUGGGCUAACUGUUUCCACCUGUUUUCACUCUUAAUGCUAAGCUACACUAACCAGCUGCUUAAUGCUAAUGCUAAGCUAAGCAGCUGCUGUACAGAUGUGAGAGUGGAAUCAGUCUGAAUCAGGUCCUCAUGAACGCUGCUCAGCCUUGCAGCCCGGUUUCCCCAGUGGCCUCUCGUGGUACUGCAGAAUGAACUGACUGAUAUGAUCUAUGAUGUGAAGAUGUGACUGUCAGAGAGGAAGAGGAGCGGGAGGAUGAAGAAUGUAAAUGUUGGACUGUUCCUUUAACAGUGCUCCUUUGAGAUGUUUGUUAUUUUUACACCUGUCAGCUGAUUUUAUCAAUAAAUGAUUCCAAGUGA